CGUGGGCGGCGCCACCAUGAGCUGGGCAUUCCUGACUCGUCUGCUCGAGGAGGUGCACCACCACUCCACCUUCGUGGGCAAGCUGUGGCUCACGGCCCUGGUGGUGCUGCGCGUCGUGCUGGCGGCCGUCGGAGGCGAGACCAUCUACUACGACGAGCAGAGCAAGUUCGUGUGCAACACGGGCCAGCCGGGCUGCGAGAACGUCUGCUACGACGCCUUCGCGCCGCUCUCGCACGCCCGCUUCUGGGUGCUCCAGAUCAUCUUCGUGUCCUCGCCGUCGCUCCUUUACCUGGCCUUCGCCGCCCACAAGGUGGCCAAACGGCCGGGCCACGGGCGGUGCCGUCGCGGCGGCGGCGGCGGCGGCGGCCACGGACAGAGCCGCGGCGCCCGCAGGGGCCUCAUGAUCCACCGAGGGCAGAACCACUUCCUGGAGGAGGGCGAGAGCAACUUGGAGGAGGAGCCCAUGAUAUUCGACGAUGCCGUGGGCCGGCAGAGGCACCGGCCCGACAGGGAGCACCGCCACGACGGGCGGCGGAGGAUCAGGGAGGAGGGCCUCAUGGGCAUAUACGUCUUCCAGCUCAUCUCCCGGACCGCGCUGGAGGGCGCCUUCCUGGCGGGCCAGUACUUCCUGUACGGCUUCGAGGUGGCGGCGCGGUUCGCGUGCGGCCGGCCGCCGUGCCCGCACGUGGUCGACUGCUUCGUGUCGCGCCCCACCGAGAAGACCGUCUUUUUGUUCGUCAUGUACGGCGUCAGCUGCCUGUGCCUGGCGCUCAACGUGUGCGAGAUGCUGCACCUGGGCGCGGGCACCGUCCGCGACGCGCUGGCCCGGAAGGACCGGGGCUCGCAGACCGCGCCGCGCGGCUCCCCCGAGCCGGCGUGCGGCCGCGAGUCCGGCGAGGAGAUGCCCACGGCGCCGUCGCUGCUCCAGUUCGAGCUGCGGCCCAUUUCCAAGGCCUCGCAGACGCCCGAGGGCCUCGCCGCCGCCGCCAAGCGGCCCAACGGCGUCGCGGAGCCGAGGCGGGGAGGCGGCGCCGACGUGCCGGACGUCUCCCCGCCGCGGAAAAACCUCGCGGAGGGCGGCGGCGGCGGCGUCGGCGCGGGGGGCCGUCCGAGCCUGCCGGUGGCCGGGGCCGAGCCGGCGGCUGCGGCUGCGGUGGGCGGGGACGGGAUGAGGGGUUCGGACAGCGGCGCCGGUUCGAGCGGCACGGCGGACGAGAACGUGGGCGGCGGGGCGGGGUCCAGCGCGAUGGAGCAGAACGUGGCCAACGCCCGGCACGAGCGGACCGCGACGACGCACCAGGCCCCCUCCGAGUCGGACAAGGGGGGCAGCACGAGCAGCAAGCAGAACAGCACCCGGUUGGCCGUGUGGAUAUGACGUCGCUUUUGUAUCGCUGCUGCUGCUGCCGUCGUCGUCGUUGCGAAUUCGCGUUAGCAGCACGAACGUGCCGACGGAGGGCUGCCCCAAUUUGGCUACGCUCGCCGGACGAGGGCCCGGCUCUUGGCACGAGCGCGAGCUGCGGGCGUCCUGAUGGGAGUGGGAACGACCCGCUCUUCAGGCAGCUUCCCGGGUGGGACAAAGCGGCGCUGACCGGGGCAGGCAGGCGGCCGUCGCUGCGCGUCGCCGGAGGCGGCUUUCGACGCGACCGCUUCGCCAACGCGGAAUUGGCCAGACGGUGCAGCUGAAUGCAAAAACAACCUCCUGCUGCGUUGAGUAGCGGGGAGGUGCGGGGGCAGAAUGCACCGCUAACGUACGCCAUCGGCAGGGGAAAGGAAAACACGUGAUUCGUGCGUCCAUUCGACAGCGCCGAGUUCGUCAACUUUCCGCUUAAAUUCUCGCCCCGCCAGUUUUCGCGAAGCCCCACUUGUAAAGUGUGCAGCCCCCACCCAGACGAUCUUGCGUUGAUCGUCUGUCGUCCUUCCCUCGCACCACUGAUUGGCACGGUGGGCUACGUACGGUGCGAAAGAAGUCCCACAGACGUACGUACAGACUCUUAGUAAAACAAUUAAAUUAAAAUUAAUGCAAAUAAAAUAUUCUUUUAUUUUUAUUAAGUUUUUAUUUCAUUUUUUUACCUACGUGACUUUACCGAAAAAACUAAGAGUAUGAAUCCUUGCAGUCACGAAAGCUUCAAAUCUAGAAGUACGUACAGACGUCAAGGCGGCCAGCCCAAAUCUCGCAGCCCCUGCGCUGAAUGCGAUGAUGUUUCUCUGAAUCGCCCGCCCGCUGUGCAUUUGACUGCACAGCCAUUUCCACGACAAGCCUACCCUGCCACGCAAAAACAUAAAACGAUGUCUCUAGACAAUGCAUUUA